AUGGCCGAGUUCGCCUACAACAAUAAUUACCAAGCGAGUCCCGAUGUCUUGCGGGAGGCGGAAGAGAAAGUCCGCCUUGCUCGUCAGAGGCUGAUUACGGCGCAGUCGAGGCAGAAAAGCUAUGCAAACAAACGCCGACGAGACUUGGAGUUCGCGGUAGGAGGCUGCAUCUUCUUGAAGGUAUCACCCAUGAGGGGUGUGAAGCGGUUCGGAGUUCAGGGAAAGUUAAGUCCCGGGUAUAUUGGACCCUACGAGGUGAUAGAGCGGAUUGGUGCGGUAGCUUCUCGGCUUGCAUUGCCGCCCAAGCUCGCGGAUGUUCACAAUGUAUUCCACGUUUUCAACCUUCGCAAGUAUAUCCAUGAUCCUGAGCAUGCCUUGUUGUAUGAGCCACCGGAAUUGCAAGAAGAUAUGUCUUAUGAGGAAUUUCCGGUGUCAAUUAUUGCUCGAGAGGUGCGAAAGUUGAGAAACCACGAGAUUCCCUACGUCAAGGUUCGGUGGAGCAAUCACGACGAUCGCGAAGCCACGUGGGAGCUCGAGGACGUGAUGAAAGAGCAUCAUCCUCAUCUCUUCGAGGAAUUGAGUUGA